AGAAUAUGUACAAAAAUAAACAGCGAGGUAAGGUAACGAUCACAAGGGCGGCCGCGGAAUAAGAUACCACCCCUUGUUCCGCUCGGCCGCGGCAACGAUCACAAGCUCCCCAUGGGAAAGAGGCGGUUCACGCAAGUCUCGACCAGCGAGGACGAGGAGGAGCCGAGGAGGAACGGCGCCGGCGAGCGGAGGAAGGGGAAGAAGCUCCGCGUGGAGGACGAGGAGAAGGAACCGCAGAGCAGAGGCGGCGAUGCCGCCGGCGGAAGCAGUAGCGGCGGCGGCGGCGGCGGAGGUGGAGGGAACAGGAAAGAGGAGGAGCCGCCCUUGGAGGACGCGAAGCCGAAGGGGCGGGUGCUUAGGGUUUCUGGAAAAGGGAAGCGGAAGAAGCGGCACUACUGCUCCUUCGAGUACGACGGAAGUACGUUCGAGCUGGAAGAUCCGGUACUCCUGACUCCAGAGGAUAAGAAGCAGAAACCCUAUGUUGCGAUUAUUAAGUCUGCUGGAAGAAUUUGCUGGCCGGAUGAUGCUGUCCCAGCAAUAACUGCCCUUGGGGGAGCUACACAUGAAACUCUGGGUUCCGAUUUCCAGAAAUAUAACCAGAAAAUGAGGCAGUUGGAUUUCAAUCUCAAGAUGGGAAGGAAACAAGAGAAGAAAGUUGCCUCAUUAAAUCCAAGAAUAUAUGAAAAUACAACACUUCGUGAUGAAAACACUGGUAAAAAGAAUGUUGACAUAAAUUCUGUAUUGAAGAUGCAGCAUGUGCAACGACUGGGAACAUGGGCUGGUGGGGAAGCUAGAAUACCUCCUUUGGGUGCUUUUUUUGGAGCAUGUUUGGCUGCAGAAGCAGAAGCGUCAGGGAUUCCUCUAGAUCAUUCAACUUUUCUUUGCCAGAGAUGCGAAACCGUCUUGCAGCCUGGCUUUAACUGCACCAUCCGAAUAGAAAAGUGUGUGAACAAGGGAAGAUGGCACAAGAAGGCUAGUGUUCUCUGUAAGAACAGUGUGGUCUACACAUGCCACUUCUGCUCUCAUCGGAACCUAAAGUGGGGGACUGCUGAAGGCCAUAUGAAAAAUCUAAUUGCUUCGAGACUUAGCCAAGAUUCAGACUCAAAUCAACAUUGGUCCGCAUAUAGAGCAAGUGGUAACUCUGAGAAUGUAUUAGCUGCUACACAUGAGGUUCAUCAGGAUGUUGGAGAGGAAAUCCCUUUAAAACUAGAACCUGUAUCCGAGUUGAAAUCUCUCACUCCUGGAAAAGCAGCAGUAACUGAAGAGGUCAGUGGCUCUACUCCUAACAGGCUUCCUGUUGGUGGAAAUCAUUCAGAAAUAACUUCUUCAGGAAUGGGGACUGGGGUUUCCAGUAAGCGGCGAAGGAGGGCAUGGUCUAGCUUGAAGGAGAUCACCAUAGAGAGCGAGCUUGAGAAUGCUAGGAACCUCAGUAGUUUUGCAAUCCCAUUGCGUAUAUAGGUGGCCACCUGACAAAGGAGAUGAGACCCAAUUUUGUUAGUGUUAUUCUAGAAUGCAGAAAGGAAUCUAUCAUUGGUUAUCUGCGGAAUUAGGAUAUUAUCUGUUCAAGAAUGCUAUUUUCACAUAAUUUAUGCGAAGAUUGAAGAAUGCUUGAACAUAGAGCUUCCAGAA